UUUGGUUUCUCUUGUCACAUCCUGUCCUAGGGCAGAAUAAAAAAAAUCGCUAUAAGACGGUUUUCUAAAGUUUGGUUUCUACGCUGGAAAAAUUGCAGUGAAAAUGGCUGGUAUAGUGCAGGAUUGUUUUUCAAUCGGAAGUACUGUUGCAUGUAUAACAUGUUACGAUCAGAACAUUGAAGGAGAAGUGCUUGCGUUCGACCAACAAACAAAAAUGUUGAUUUUGAAAUGCGAUACGGCUAGCAGUACCUCAAAACUUAAUGAUGUGUACAUUGUUAAUCUAGCUCUCUGUAGCGAUGUUCAAGUUAAAAGAGAAGUAAAUUCGAUACCAGAACCUCCUCAAUCACUUAAUUUGCAGCGCCUAAGUACUCGAGUUAGAAAUCAAGUGGAAAGAAAGAAACGGCAAGUGUCAGCCCUAGCAGCUGGAGUCAGUCAAGAAGGACAAAAACUCUUCUUGGCAAUAGCUCGAACUAUCAAUCAGGUGUCAUGGUCUGGACCUAAUAUCGUCGUGUUUCAAGAUGUCACUAUAACACCCCCAUAUGCUGUAGAAAAUGUUAACGGUUCUCCUGAUUCUAGACAGUUAAAAUAUGUCAAAAAAAUAGUUGAAAAGCAUCUGAACGAUCAGGCAUCUGCGAAUAUGUCUUCAACAGCUGUCUCUGCGACUCAGUGAUUCACCAUUGAAUUAGUUAUGGUGUAAUAUUUAAGAUCCGAUACAAAUAUUUAGAAAAAAUGUAACAAUUAUUACCCAUUUUAAUUUGAGAUGGAAUGAAAAUCCCAUUUGUCAUUCUGUA